AUAUGUAUUUUGAUCCUAACAAUGAAAUGCUUGCAUUAGAAUUAAAUAAGUGCAAUACGUGGGAAGAGAAAUUAGAAUUAGUUUCUGUUCGCUUUCUCAAGGAUAUCACUAAAUUAACUAUUGAAAAUCAGAAACUUUUAUGUUCAACGAUUUACGAUCAUAUAAUCGCUAUACAAGAUUAUAAUAUAGCAUCAUUGCCACGUCUUAAAUCAUCUAUAACCUUAUUAAAACCCACACUUGCUCCUAUUACUGUUACUGAAGAAGAUUAUGGUCUACAUAAGAUUACCGAACGUACAGUACAAAUACAUUAUGUGGAAGGUACUCAUAUCACAAUGAUGGACAAUGACGAAGUAGUAUCACUUAUUAACGAAGCAUUGUAAAUUAUAAAAAUAUAAAUAAGAAGAGAAAAUUGUGCGUUUUCUCUACAAUGAUUCUAUUCCAACAAUGAAAGGAAAUAAAGAUAAAUCUGAAAUCAAUAACAAACAAUAAUAUUGCUAUUUGAAUGUCUCCAUUCCAUAUGUUAUGAUUUAGCUAAUUUUAUCAUUUAAUUUGCA